CUAUUUAUCUGAUAACACGUUUAGUCAAAGUUUUCUGCUUUCCUUUUUCCCCCAUUACAAUCCUCGCUUUCUUGACGCUUUCUUGCCAAUCCCCUGUUUCCCGGGAAAAAUCGUCUCUGGUUUUCUUGCAUUUUCCAUCCUCCCCAGAAAACCCCACCAUUCUUGUGCAUGACCCAGAUCGACUGCAGAGUCCUUUUCACCCUCUGAGUCCCGUCUUCUUCUUCCCCGUUUAGAUGGAAGAAGAAGAAGAAGAAGCGGUGAGGCACAGACCGGCGCAGAGCAGCCACGGCAAGAGCAGACUCGCCCGCACUCUGCACAGGGUCAUCAACCUCAGGACGUCCGCGACCGCGAGGAUCGGGUCGAGCAAUGGGAUCGGAAUCUGCGUGCUAGCGUCGCAGGACAAGGUCAAGCACGACGACCCGCUCGCGGACCGCAAGAGCGACGACGCCCGGACGAAGCAGAGGGCGGUCCUUGAGGCCGUGGCGGCGAAGCUCUUCGCGUCGGGGACCGCCAUCAAGGCUGCCUACGCGGAGCUCCAGCUGGCCCAGAGCCCGUACAACAGCGAGGCGAUUCAGCAGGCGGACCAGGCCAUCGUCGACGAGCUGAAGCAGAUUUCGGAGCUGAAGCGCAAGUUCCUCAAGAAGGAGCUCGACCUCUCCCCGCAGGUGACGCUCAUGCUGGCGGAGGUUCAGGAGCAGCAGAGCCUCAUGAGGACGUACGAGAUCACGGUGAAGAAGAUGGAGGCCGAGGCGGAGCGCAAGGAGUCGGAGAUCUACGCGUGGAGAAGGAAGCUCGACGAGCUCGUCUCCGAGAACAGGUCGUCGGAGAAGAAGCUCAACGCGAGCGGCGUCUUGCCGCUGUUCGACGGCUUCAAGCUCUCGUCUUUGAGCCCGACCCACUUCGCCCAAGUCCUUCACUACGCUCUACGCUCUGUGAAGCACUUCGCCAAGUCCAUGGUUCGCGAGAUGGAGACGGCGAAUUGGAACCUCGACGAGGCGAUCCGAUUCAUCGAGCCGCGAGCGAUGUUCGCCAAGGCGGGCCACCGGCACUUCGCCAUCGAAUCGUUCGUGGCCAAAUCGAUCUUUGAGGGCUUCAACUUCCCCAACUUCGCGCUCGCGAAUGAGUCGUCGUCCAUCGAGGAGCAAAGUCGCCAAAUCUUCUUCGACCAGUUCAAGAAGCUCAAGUCCGUAAGCCCCACGAGCUUCAUCGCGCGAAACCCGAGCUCGUCGUUCGCGAGGUUCGCGAAGGCCAAGUACCUCCAGCUCGUGCACGCGAAGAUGGAGUGCUCCUUCUUCAGGAACCUGAACCACCGGAAGGUCGUGAGCUCCGGCGGGUGGCCGGACUCGCCGUUCCUCGUGGCGUUGGCCGAGGUGGCGAAGCGCGUCUGGGUCCUGCACUGCCUCGCGUUCGCCUUCGACGAGGAGGUCAGGGUCUUCCAGGUGGCGAGGGGGUGCAGGUUCUCGGAAGUGUUCAUGGAGUGCGUGGCGGAGGAGGCCCUGUUGCAGCCGCCACCGCCGCCGUCGACGGAUCCGGAUCCGGACCUGAAGGUCGGGUUCACGGUCGUGCCCGGGUUCAAGAUCGGGAAGACGGUGAUACAGUGUCAAGUGUACUUGUCGCCGCCGGCGAGCGCUCCGGCGAGGAGUUGAUUCUAGUGUAGCUUGUAGGGGGUCCCGGCGAAAAGUGUACAUUUGCUGUUUUUCCGACGUGUAAA